AUGCGUCCUCGAGUGGUAGGACCGCGCCAGGUCCUUUUGGCUGCCCUGGUCCUGAGUGCAGCUGGCAAGGCCAGCCUGCUCCCCGAGGGCGAGCUCCAUGCCUACAUGACGGAAGCCACAUCCUUCUGCUACCAACGGCUCCUGGCCGAUCCGACGUGCUGCAAGGACCAGCAUGUCGCCCAGGCGGUCAGGCACAAGGAUGUCCUGCGCCGCGGCGGCGAAUGGACCUGCGGCAGCAGCGGCUCCGCCAAUGCAUGCGUCGACGACCGCAAAGGUCCGCGAGGGCAAGACGCCUUCUGGUGGCCUCAGGCGGCCGACUGCAGCACGCCCCGAGUACUAUAUGUGCAUGGAGGCGGAUGGCAACGGCACGGCCCUAGACAGGCCUCGUACGACGUCUUCGGCGCCUACCUGUCGCAGGUGGGUGGAGCCACGGUCCUGGUCCCAGACUACCCUCUGGUGCCGGUCGGCAACUACGAGGCCAUCCUGGGAGUUGAGACGGCCGGAGAGAGUUCCGAACGUGGACGGUAA